CAUAACAGAGCAAGUCAAUGAGAACACUUGAACGCACGGAGGGGGAGGAGGGCUGCGAGAGAAAACAAACCGAGAAAAUUGUUCGCCUAAAACGAAAGUAGCGAUACCAAAGUGGCGUUCGGCCGCCACCGUUAUUCGUUUUCGGAGUGAUCGGUGCGAUUGUGAUGUAGUUGUCGAAUUCACGCUGCGGUGUUGCUCCUUUCCAAGCAUCCGGUAAAAAUAAUAUAAGUGUCUGUGGGGCUACUGUACGGACGGCCAGUGCAGAACUGUUCUGAUGUGUCAAUAAGUUUGAGGCUGGAAUGAGAAGGCCCUGGCGUUUCGACCGGAUUUCAGGGGUCAUCUUCAUCGCAUGAUACAGCCUGACUGACAGAUCCAUCCUCAUCUUUCAAAUACCGUAUUUCCAUAUUCUGUGGCUCUGGUCAGCAGCAGAAUGAAGGGCGGAGGUGGAGGGAAAGAACCUCCGGUGGAGGGAGAGGUCAGCGGAAAGCGGCCCAAACGCAAGUGUCUGCAGUGGCACCCGCUGCUGGCCAAGAAAGCUCCAGACUUCUCUGAGGAAGAGGAGGAGGAGGAUGAAGAGGAGCUGGAGAAGGAGCCGGUGUUAUGUGCUGAGAGUGGAGCAAAGGAGGGAGAGUGUGGCGGAAUGGAAGAUGACAGUGAGGAAUACUCCUCUGAACAACGGGCUCGCCGGCCCAUGAACGCCUUUCUGCUGUUCUGCAAACGGCACCGUUCACUGGUCCGACAGGAGCAUCCGCGACUAGACAACCGGGGAGCCACUAAGAUCCUGGCGGACUGGUGGGCCGUACUGGACCCCAAAGAAAAACAGAAAUACACAGACAUGGCGAAGGAGUAUAAGGAUGCGUUCAUGAAGGCUAAUCCUGGUUACAAAUGGUGUCCUGCCACCAACAAGCCAGUAAAGAGUCCUUCUCACUCUGUGAGUAACGCCCGCAAGAAAGUCUGGUCUCUUCCAACCAACCCUAGCAAGGAAUCUUCAGUUGCCAAAAAACAGCCCAAAACUGACAGCACACCCCAACUCAACUUCGCCAUGGCUGAUCCCAAUAAGAUGGGUGGCUUAAGCAUGCUGCUGUUAGCAGGGGAGCACGCACUGACCACCAGAGAGAUUUCCUCCAGCUCUUCCCAGACAGGAUGCACAGAUGUUGCUAAGCACACUGGGAAAUCAGCCCUUUUCCAGCUGGCUGAGAUUUCUUCCAGUCCGGUACAGCCAGCCGGUGGAAGUAAGAACGCUGAGGACACAAGCUCUCUCACACAUGUAGAGGCCUCUGGACCAUCUCAGCCAAGUUCACCAGACCUGCCCAAGAGUUGUGUGAAAUCACCCUUGUUUCAGCUGGCAGAGCAGAUCUCCUCCAGCAGGUCUCAGUCAGCGUCUGAGGUGAGGCAGUGCGGCCAGUCGGCUCUUUUCCAGCUCGCUGAGAUGUGUUUGGCCUCUGAGGCUGAAAAGAUGGAAGCUCGAUCCUCCCAGCCCUCUGGUGGUUCCUCCUCACUCUGUGCUCAGCACAGCUCAAGUAGCAGAGUCACCACAGAACACGAAGACACUCCUGAACUUCCUGUCACCACAUCAUUAUCAUCAUCCUCUACCUCCGGAUCCACCUCGUCCUCCCCUACUGACACCACCCCAUCUGAUCUCAGCCCGUGUAAAACGCUGAAGAAGAAGAAAAAGAAGAAAGAAAAUAAAGACUCGGACGAAAAUCCUGCAUCGCCCAAAAAGGCAAAGAAGCGCCAUUCGCCCGAGUCGGACCUGGACAGCGUGAUGUUCACCAUCGAAGCAGUAGCAAAAGGUGCUUGGGGCUCAGAAGAAACACCCAGGAAGAAAGCUCGUCCCUCAGGGAGUGAGAGCAGCCCCACAACGGACCAAUCUCCAGCGGUGAAGAAGAAAACAAAACCUAAACCGAAAAAACAGUUGAAGUUAAAAGACGAUGAUGCGGAGGAAGAGGAAGAAGGGGAGGAAGAGACCAAUAAACCGCAGGAUGUAGAGAUGAAAACUGAGGAAGCUCCUCUGACCCCUAAAGAUGAGUGUGAGAAUGAGCCGGACAUGAAGGUGGAGCCCCCUAUUGGCGUGGAGGACUCGUCACCACACUGCUCUCCUCCUCAUCCUACAGAACUGGAGGAGAAAGACACAGACACCAAACCACCUCAGACCAGACAGGAAGAUAGAGAGCAAGAUGUUAAGCCAGAGACCUGUGGGUCCAGGAAGUCAGAACGAAGCUGUAAAGGAGCGCUUUAUAAGACUCUGGUGUCCGAAGGGAUGCUUACAUCACUGAGAGCAAAUGUAGACAGAGGGAAAAGAGGGUCCAUGCGAGGAAGUGUGUCCGAUCAUGAGGGCGGCUGGAAUGACGAGAGCUGGGGAUUUUCUCAAGCUGCUACCAGCAACCCAAAAAAGCUCAAGAAGUCCAAGUCUAAAGAGGAAACCACCCCAGGGCUAGGAAAGCUUGAAGAGGAGUUCGAGAAAAAGUUCAACAGCUUACCGCAGUACAGCCCCCUGACUUUUGACAAAAAGAGCGUGGCGGUAACCAAGAAGAAAAAAAACAGUACAUCCAGCCCUCCUGAACUGCCCAAACCCUGCAAGGGUUCAUCUUCAUCUCAGAAAAAGACCUUAUUCCACAAGAUAGUGAACAAGUACAAACACAGGAAGGAGAAAUCCAGUGCCGCAGACAAAGAUGUUGUCCCAACUGACCUAACUGUGGGUACAGAAUCAAGUUCAGUGGUGAAGUCGGGCAGUCUGUGUGUGUCUCCCUCUCCUGAACCCCAGAAGGUUCUGGAUACGCCUGUGGGUAGUCAGAAGAGGAAGGCCAGGAAGAGUAAAAUCACACACUUGGUGCGCACGGCUGAUGGCCGAGUGUCACCUGCAGAGGCAGAAGACAAAUCCAAGGAUCAGACCAAGAAUCAGGAUGAAAAGCCAUUCACUCAAGAGACAUUAUGCAAUAGGGGGGUCUGCUACAAUGACCCCAGAUCAGCGGAAGCGGACUUGACGGAUGCGCCCGGCGGCCUCCCGGCUUUCUUCAGCUUGGCUGCUCUGGCUGAGGUUGCAGCCAUGGAGAAUGUGCACAGAGCCCAGCAUGCUGUGGGCAUCCCCACUGAAGGUCAAGUGAAGGACAUGGCUCCUGUGCUGAUUUCCUGUGCGGACCAGUGAGGCCUCAGCCUGGCCUGGGACGGGGUUUAGUCCGGACUGGGCUUAUGUAUGGACAUGCUGGGGCCUUAAUCUUGACCCUCGGCCUCAGAUGCCGGGGGGAAAGAGCGAACGAGAGUGAGAGAGACUGGAAAGGGAUGAGGGAAGCUCUGAGCCGGAUGAAGAUGUUUUAUCCCAGAAGCUUUCACCUUACACCCAACCCCAUCCUCCCUCCCUCUCACCCCCUCAGGGCCCUGGGGGAGCCAAUUCUGGUCCCUACGCCUGUUUCCUCUGGUGGCUCCGGACCAGUUAUCAGACUUUACAAUCUGCAAGAAAUGGCUACUAUUUAAGGUCAAGUUUUGCCUACAAAAAGUGCAUUUGAAGCAAGUGCUCCCUCUUGGUCUUUCUCUAUCUUUACGUUUCUGUUCCUGGUCAGCUUCAUUGCACAAACGUCUUUUUCACACAGCAGCGUACACCUCUCAGUCAGAGGAAUGUUUUGUGGCUUCCUGCCCCCCUUUCUUGCUCUGAAUCUUACGAAGAGAGAGAGAAUGAGUGUUUUCAGACUGCUUAACCUCAUACCUCACAAACCUGUUCAGAUUUGUUCUCUGCACAGAAGCACCACCUUCACCUUCAUAAUGCACAGUCGAUACCUAGAUGCCUCUUUCUUUCAAGCAAUGACCCUCAAUGUGUCCGGUGCCUCUGUAGAUGACAGUUGUUCAGAGAUAAACCACUUGUUUUCCACUCACAGACAGCAGCGAUGUGUCGGGGGCAAGCCGGAUGUUUGCGCAAGCUGCGCUGCGGUCGUUGAGCAGGGUCCAAAAUUAG